CCAGGCUUGUUUCAAGAAAUUGAAAAUUGUGUCCUUAGUUGUAUUCUAGAGUCUAAUUGUCCGCAUCAGGACGGAAAAGUAUCAUGGCCAAAUUCAACAUUGUCGUCUUCGCGGGGGACUACUGUGGACCAGAGGUAACUGCAGAGGCAAUCAAGGUCCUCAAAGUAGUAGAAAAAAAGACCGAUAUCGAGUUUAAUUUCCAAGAGCAUUUGCUUGGUGGCGCCUCCAUAGACGCUACCGGAACCGCCCUGACAGACGAAGCUCUCCAAGCGGCAAAGAAUGCAGACGGUGUGAUCCUCGGAGCCGUUGGCGGCCCUAAAUGGGGAACAGGCGCUGUUCGCCCCGAACAAGGGAUCCUCCGCUUACGGAAAGAAAUGGGUACUUUUGGAAAUCUUAGACCCUGCAAUUUUGCCGCCCCUUCGCUCGUUGAUAUCUCCCCGCUGAAGGCCGAUGUUUGCCGUGGCGUUGACUUCAACAUCGUACGCGAGCUCACUGGUGGAAUAUACUUUGGUGAAAGAAAGGAAGACAACGGUGAUGGCACAGCAUUGGAUACAGAACCAUACUCACGGGCGGAAAUUGAACGAGUUACCCGUCUUGCAGGUCAUCUCGCGUUGCAGCAUUCUCCCCCGCUGCCAGUAUGGAGCUUGGACAAGGCUAAUGUGCUCGCAACAAGCCGCUUAUGGCGCAAAGUGGUGACCGAGAUCAUGGAAAAGGAAUUCCCACAAGUGAAAUUUGGCCACCACCUCAUUGACAGUGCGGCAAUGUUGAUGGUCAAAGACCCACGGAAGCUCAACGGUAUCAUAGUCACCAGCAAUCUAUUUGGAGAUAUCAUCAGUGAUGAAGCAAGCGUUAUCCCAGGCUCCUUGGGUUUGCUCCCUAGCGCGAGCUUGAGUGGAAUCCCAGAUGGGAAGUCCAGAGUGAACGGAAUCUAUGAGCCUAUCCAUGGUUCUGCACCAGACAUUGCUGGAAAAGGUAUCGUUAACCCAGUUGCUGCCAUCCUUUCUAUGGCCAUGAUGCUCCAAUAUUCCCUGAAUCGACCAGUAGAAGCAAAGGCCAUCGAGGAUGCAGUAUCGAAGGUAAUCGAGGCUGGAAUUCGAACCGGAGAUAUCGGUGGAAAGGCAACCACGAGCGAAGUCGGUGAUGCAGUUGCAGCAGAGCUCGAGAAAUCUCUCUGAAAUCGGGAAGGGAAAAAAGGGUAUUGACCCUGACACAUAGCUUUGGUAAUUUCCUUGCAUAAUGUUUGAAGGGUUGGAUAUGCAUAUGCGAUGAAAAUAAUAGUCAUCUUUGAGCCCAAUAUGGGCCGACCAUGUUAAGAAUGCAUUUGGGUAUCACAAAAC